AUGCAAAUACGAGUUGAACUUAUCAUGACUCCCUUCGCUGUUGUUACUGGUGGCGAAUAUAAGUUAAAGAGACAACAGCCGGUCAUACUUGUCCAUGGAAUCACAAACACUGCAGCAACAUUCGAAGGACAAAGGCAACACCUUCUAAAGACUUCUCACCUAUCGUCGAAUUUCAGUCAGGGGUGGAGUAACGCGGAAGUCUACGGUACCACAUAUGGCGAUGGUGGGAAAACGCCAGCUCCUCUUGUCGACAUGAAGUGUGAUUAUAUAAAGCAGGUCCGAUGGUUUAUUCAGGCUGUAGCGGAAUUUACGAUGCGACGGGUUGAUGUCAUAGCGUACUCCAUGGGGUCUCCCGUCGCAAGAAAGGUUCGUUGA